AUGGUUAAACCUGGGUGUCCACUUGACCGGGCCGAGGGGUGCCGAGAGAGCAAGACCUCAUUUCUGGGUGUGCCUCGGUGGUGUCGCCCUCCCCCAGGACCCUCGGCCCCCGGCCUGCCGGCCACGGAGGACUUCGACGCCCUGGUCUCUGCCGCCGUGAGAGCGGACAACACCUGCGGCUUCGCCAAGUGCACGGCCAGCGUCGCGACCCUGGGCCAGCUCUGCCCGCACUGCGUCCGCCGCUACUGCCUGGGCCACUGCCUGCCUGAGAUCCACGGCUGCGGGGAGCGGGCUCGCGCCCAGGCCCGGCAGAGAGUCAGCCGGGAGGGGGUCCUGCACGCCGGCAGCGGGACCAAGGACCGGCCCCUGGACCCGGCCAAGAGGGCGCAGCUGCAGCGGAGGCUGGACAAGAAGCUGGACGAGCUGACCGGCCAGAGGAGGAGCAAGCGGAAGGGGAAGGAGAAGUGACCCAGGCCCCUGCCCCUCGGCCUCCAGGCCUCGUUUCCAAGCAGACGGGCGGGGGCAGCGGACUGCCCCCCGGUGCUUCUGCUCCUCGCGGCCGCGCCCGGUGCCCGUGGGAGCCAGUCGGUCCGAGCCAGCCUGCACCGCCUCCACCGGGGCUCCGUGCUGCGUGG